AUGUCGUCAAACAAUGAUCUUUUGUUGAAUAUACUAUCCCAGUUAAAUGCACAACAGCGAGCGGCAGCCCUCUUUGACUACACUAGAGGGUUACAGGUUAUAGCGGGUCCCGGUACAGGAAAGACGAAAGUGUUGACUUCGAGGGUGGCGUAUCUCAUUUUGCAUCAUCACAUUCACCCCCGCGAUAUAAUAGUGACUACAUUUACCAAUAAAGCUGCUAACGAGAUGAGGGAACGUCUACAAGAAAUGUUACGCGAAACAGGAGUAAAUGUUUCCGAACUCUUAAUCGGUACUUUCCAUAGUAUUUGCCUGAAGAUACUUUAUAGAUUUGGCCACUUAGUGGAUCUACAGAAAGACUGGAGAAUUAUUGAUGAAAAGGAAAUAGACACCAUUUUAGAUGAUAUGAUAGAAAAAGUCCCCGACCAAAUUAGAGAUUAUGCCUCUUCUAUCACAAGAAAAGUGAAUCUAUGUAUGCCGAAAAAGAAUGGCGAUGAGUGGUCCAUUCACCCGAAGCUCAUCAAGAAACAUAUUUCGAGGCUUAAGUCAAGCGCAAUAUUACCAGAGGAAUACAUUUUAGACUCGAACCAUGACGCUGCGCUUGCCUACUUCUACCAAAUUUACCAAUCGGAGCUAAGCAAGAAAAAUACCCUAGAUUUUGAUGACUUAUUAAUGUACACUUUCCGUUUGCUGACCAGAGUGCGUGUUUUAUCCAACAUAAAGCACGUUUUAGUUGACGAAUUUCAAGAUACCAACGGUAUUCAAUUAGACUUGAUGUUUCUCUUUGCCAAGGGAAACCAUCAUCUCUCAAGAGGGAUGACAAUUGUGGGUGAUCCUGAUCAAAGCAUAUAUGCUUUCAGAAACGCCUUAGCUCAUAACUUCUUAGAAAUGGGUAGAAAAUGCCCCAUCGAGUACUCGACUAUAAUACUUGUGGAAAAUUAUCGUUCCUCGCAGAAGAUUCUCAACACAAGUGAAAUUUUAAUAACUCAACAGAACAGGGGCCGUCAGAAUAGGGCUCCACUUCGUGCUCAAUUCGAUCUGGAUUUCCCGCCAGUAUAUAUGAACUUCCCGGCUUAUUUUUUAGAGGCACCUUCCUUAGUUCGAGAACUACUUUAUUUAAAAGCAUUACCAAACUUAUUCACGUUUAAUGACUUUGCCAUCUUAGUAAGGCAACGAAGACAAAUUAGGAGAAUUGAAAGUGCACUCAUAGAACAUCAGAUACCCUAUAAAAUCAUAAGAGGUCACAGUUUUUGGGAUUCAAAAGAAACAAGAGCAAUGUUGAACCUACUGAAGAUAAUAUUUUCUCCAAAUGAUAAGCACGCAAUUCUGGCUUCACUCCUAUACCCAGCAAGAGGUCUUGGUCCUGCUACUGGUGAGAAAAUUAGGAACGCGCUGGAAACGCUCGCCACUGACGUAUCAUGCUUUCAAAUAUUAAAAGAAAUAAGUAGUAAAAAAAUAAUGUUGGAUAUACCGACAAAGGGUCGUUCUGUCAUAGCAGAUUUCAUUUCAAUGAUAGAAAACUGCCAAUUAUUGUUACAAGGUGCUCUACUAGCAGGUCUUUCCGACUUGUAUGAUAAACUGUAUGAACUGUCAGGUUUGAAGUAUGAAUAUUUAUACAAGGAUGGUAAGAAAAAAACAGAUCUGCUGGAAAAAUCCGAACCUAACUUAUUAAAUGCAAGGCAUAAGAAUAUUGAACUUUUGAAGAACUAUUUUCUGGCCCUCUUAAAUAAGUCAGAAUCCUCAGAAAACGAAAAAAAUGAUUGUGAAAGAGAAAUAGAAGAUAAAAGUGAAACUGCAGAAAAAAGUGCUAUUACUCCAAAGGAAUACCUCCGCAAUUUUUUCAAUUCACUAUCUCUUCAUUCGGAUGCAGCUGAAGAGGAAGAGUCAGAAACCAACAAAAGUGCAAAAAUGAACCGCGAAAAGAAUGGGUUCGUGACAAUAUCUACAAUACACGGUGCUAAAGGGCUUGAAUGGCCAGUUGUUUUCAUUCCUGGAUGCGAAGAGGGAAUAAUUCCUUGUGUGUUCAAUGAUGACAAGAAAGACGAAUCAGAAGAAGAAGAGGAGGAAGAUUCGGAUAGUGAUAAAAAAGAUGCGAGCCCCAAAAAGGCUAAAGUAUUAUCUGUGGAGGAUUCAAUAGAUGAAGAGAGAAGAAUGUUUUUCGUUGCACAAACUCGUGCCAAGUAUCUUUUGUACUUAUCGAACACUACAACGGUAGAAGAUGUUGAUAGACCACGUAUUGCUAGUCGCUUUCUGACCACUGAUUUGGUAAAAGCCAUGUCUGAUAGUCAAAGAUUAUUUGAAAGUACGAGUAGUAUCAAAAAAUUUUAUCGAAUUUUGAACAAAAAGCCACCAUCUCAGAAUGAUAACCUCUUUUCGCUUGAUCAAUUACGCAAAGAUUAUAAUCAGUUCAUUGAGAACAGAAGAGAAAGGAUAAUUUGGCAAGGAAUGCCAAUGAAUGAUAUUUAUGGAAUACAGUUGUCUAGGAAUAAAUUAACAGGUUCUGUUGACGACUUUACAUCAGCAGCGGAUCAGCUACGACUCGAAAUGAAUAAUUCCAUAUUCCCACAAAAGAAGCAUCCUUUAAGACCAUAUCCAUCUAAAAAUAGUGGUAAUUGCGCUCCUAGAAAUAUAGUUAAAAGUCCAGAAAGAAGGUACGCUCCAGAAACUACAUCACAUGGUUCUCCAACAAAGAAAAAGGUAUAUGCCCCCCAAUAUGGUUCAAUAAAUAACGUUCCCACUCGACAAGAGUUUCAUUGUUCUACUGGGAGGAACGUUCCUUUUCUAAGAAGAGAAGAUAGGUCAAUUACAGACAUAUCCGAACGGUCAUCAACACGAUCGUUGAAAGGGGCAUCCCCGAAUAAAUCUAGUCGUGUAUCGCAUGUUUUAAUGGAGCAAUCACCAACAAGGCUUUUCAAGAAUAAUGUCGUUCGUAAUAUUCAUGUUCCAACUGCUGGUGCUUUUAUAACAGAAACCCAAUCAAACGUUAAUGAACAAGGUCACUUAGAGUACGUCAAUAAGUCAAGUCACACACUUCUGUCAAGUGAAUUUUCUAGCGCAUCUAGUAAUUCGGGUCAAUCAAACAACUUAAUACAAGAUAUAAAAGACGAGCUAGAUUUAUCCGAUGAUGAAUUGUUGAAUGACAUAUCAAUAGAAAGAAGAAGAGAGCUUUUGAACUCACAAGCGACGAAAACAAUGAAAGUAAAAUCUCGAAAUAGGAAGUCCAAAGGAGGUGACCAAGUUAAAGUUGAAGAAGUGAUAGAUUUAAAGAGUGAAUAUGAGGAAGAUGACAGCAGAAAUACAACAGCAGCUGAGCUUUUACAUAAUCCGGAUGACACAACAGUUGAUAACCGUCCGAUUAUCUCAAAUGCCAAGUUUUUGGCAGACGCAGCAAUGAAAAAGACACAAAAACUUUCGAAAAAAGUAAAAAAUGAACCUGCGUCAAGUCAAAUGGAUAUAUUCUCUCAACUGACACGGGCGAAAAAGAAAUCUAAAUUAAAUAAUGGUGAAAUUAUAGUAAUCGAUUAG